AUGCCAGGCUCCGAGACACCAGGGACCGAGUCGUCCACCUUGCGCGAGCGUCGUCCGCAGCCUGACGCCAAUGGCUCCCCUGCCCCUCCCGAGAACGACGCCGCCGCCGCCGCCAAGGUCAGGGAGCUCAACCAGGAAUCAAAAGAGAAAAAGACAUUCGGCAGGACGCCCGAUGGAACCAUCUUUACCGUGCCGCACACCGAGGACAUGGUCUCCCAGCUCCUUAGCCCCACCCAACCAAAGAACCUUUCCGACGCCAUCAUCCUUGCCGUCCUGGCCGCCCAUCUCCUCGCCCUCUGGCUGCUUCCGUCCGCCGUGCGCGUUCCCUUCUUCGCCGCUGUCUUCUUGCUCUGGCGCGCAGGCUACAACAUCGGUAUCGGCUGGCUCUUGAAGGAGCAGUCGGAGCAUCUCAGACUGAUCAACUGGGCUCGGAAGACGCACAUCUUCGAAGACCCCGCCGCCGGCAAGAAUCGCCACCCCCGCCUGUAUGCGCUGCUCAAGCGCGAGAUGGAGACCAAGAUCCCUGACGACUACAAGUUUGAGACCGCCCCAAUUGAGUACAAUACCUGGCUGGUGUUCCGCCGCGUGGUUGACUUGAUCUUGAUGUGCGAUUUUGUUUCAUACUGCUGCUUUGCUGUUGCAUGUGGCGGCCGCCCCGCCGGCGAAGGCAUCGCCAUGACUGUCGGCCGCUGGUUCGCUGGCUGGGCCCUCGUCCUCUUCAACCUCUGGGUCAAACUCGAUGCCCACCGCGUCGUCAAGGACUACGCCUGGUACUGGGGGGACUUCUUCUACCUCAUCGACCAAGAGCUCACUUUCGACGGCGUCUUCGAGAUGGCUCCCCAUCCCAUGUAUUCGGUCGGCUACGCGGGUUUCUAUGGCAUCUCGCUCAUGGCCGCCAGCUACAAAGUCCUGUUCAUCUCCAUCGUCGCCCACGCUCUGCAGUUUGCCUUCCUCACGCUUGUCGAAAACCCCCACAUCGAGAAGACCUACAACCCGCCUCCCCCGAAAAAGCGUACUCUCACUGGCGAAAGUGAUGUUCAUCCCAACGUCGAUGCUGGUCAUGUGAAUGGUGCUCCGCCCUUGGCUUCGUCUACUCAACCCUCGCCCGUACACAAUCUCAUGGGCUGGCAGACCCACGAUUUGCAUCGUGUCACUGAUGUCUCGGUCAUUUUGUUUCAGCUUUACAUUUUCAGUGUCACGUUGCUUUCGCCCCAAACUCCUUUCUACCAGGCACUGUUCGUCGCCCAUGCCGUGGCAUGGAGACUCUGGUUCUCCGCUGGAAUCGGUAUCAUUCUGAGCGAGCAAUCCAACAAGAAGCGGUGGACACGCCACUUCAUCAAGUAUGGAGAGAGCACUGAGGAGGCUUGGCGCCAAUGGAAAGGGCUGUACCAUAUCAGCUGCACCAUGUGCUACGCUAGCUUCAUUGCCGCAGCAUGGAAAAUGUAUGCCCUGCCUCCCGACUGGGAGUAUGGCUUGGCCCUGCUUAGGCACGUCGUGGGUGUCAUGCUUGUUGCGCUCCAGAUCUGGACCGCCGUCAGCAUAUACGACAGCUUAGGAGAGUUCGGAUGGUUCUUUGGUGACUUCUUCUUCGAUCACGCGCCAAAGCUCAACUACAGCGGCAUUUAUCGCUUCCUCAACCAGCCGGAGCGUUUCCUCGGUCUCGCCGGUGUUUGGGGUGCUGUUGUCAUCACCUGGAGCAAAUCGAUCUUCUUCCUUGCUCUUCUUAGCCACAUUCUCACGCUUUUGCACAUCCAACUUAUCGAACGCCCUCACAUGCAGAAGCUGUACGGCCAGAGCAUUCGCCAGGACUCUGGCAUCUCCAAGACGCUGAAGCGUUCCCUCCCUGCUCCAUUCCAACAAUGGCACGGUAACAUGGACCGCGUUCUUGGAGACACUGUCGAAUUUGUUGAAGACUUUCUCGAUGCUGCUCGUCCCAAACUUGCCGCCGGCGUCGAAACCAUCGUCAAGGACGCCACCAACCUCUUCAAGAACUACCCAGCACGCAUUAGCAUUACUCGUGUGACUCCUGAUCUCGCUGGCCUCGACCCGAAGGACUAUAGCUUAGCAGUCUCCGGUGAAUCUGCCUCUGAGUUGGCAGAACGCGAGCGCCGCACUGGUCGUGAAGGUGAGGACGCCCGUGGUCCAGCCCGCAAGUACAGCGAGUUCAAGACUCUGUCCUUCGAAUACGGUGCGCCUAUCAAGGUACGCUGGACUGCGCCUAUCAACCAUUCGAAGAAGGACUGGAUUGGUUUGUACAUGGUGUCGGACAACCUCUCUCGUGAAGUCACCCGCAUCGCUUCCCAGGGCCGCUGGGUGGCCACCAACCCAGGCUCUUACGACAGCGUCCGCGCCGACGCAGGUAUACUGGUCUCAGACCAGCUAGUCUCCGGUGCUGAGCGCAAGGACGGCGAGACGAAAGACUUUUACUCGGGCGAGGUGGAAUUCUCGGGCGACAAGCUAUGGUGGACCACUGGCGUGUUCGAGUUCCGCUACCACCACGACGGCAAGCACAACGUCAUGACCAUCUCCCCACCGUUCGAGCUCCGCAUCGGCCGCUUUGACGAGGACGACGUCGAGCUGCGCCCCUCGGUCCCCAAUCCCACGGCCACCAGCAUGGCAGACGGUUCCAAUGGCAACAUUGUCGAGAGCUCGCUCCGCCUGGCCGUCGAGCAGGCCCUUCUGCCUAUCGUCCGCAACUCUUUCGACCGCGAUCCCGAAAUUGCGCCGGAGACGGUGGAUGAGGGCUUCGGUGGUCUGGUCGAGAGGGACGGCAAGUUUGCGAAGAGAGUCGUCUUCGCGGUGCAUCAGAUGUUCGGUGUCGAGUUUGCUCCCGAGGUCGUGCAGGCGGAUGGGUGCGUGAGGAACUUGGCGUGGCGGAUUGUCAACGCCAAGAAGGUUUUGGUGAGUGGAGGAAUCUCUUUUCCUUCUGUGUGA